AGCAAAGCAGAGUGCCUGCGAGGAGAGCCUGACCAUUUUUUUCUGCCUAGCAAAGAUGGUGACUGCCAGAGCUGCAGCCGCCAUGGCGAUGUUCCUCCUGGUGGCGCUCUCUGCUUCCCAAAUGGCAUCCUCCCUCCGCCCCAGCGCCGGCCUCGGCGUGUGCCGCCCCAGCGGUUACCUGCCGGGCCGGUCCGGCAACUGUGAGAAGAGUAACGACCCAGACUGCUGCGAGGACGGCAAGAAAUACCCACAGUAUCGCUGCUCGCCGCCGGUCACGGCCAACACCAAGGCGGUGCUCACGCUCAACAGCUUCGAGAAGGGCAAGGACGGCGGCGGUCCAUCAGAGUGCGACAACGCAUACCAUAGUGACGAGGAGAAGGUUGUCGCGCUCUCCACGGGAUGGUUCAGCAACAUGGCGCGCUGCGGGCACCGCAUUAAGAUCACCGCGAACGGCAACUCCGUGUACGCCAAGGUGGUGGACGAGUGUGACUCCGUGGAAGGCUGUGACGAGGACCACAACUUUGAGCCGCCGUGUGACAACAACAUCGUCGACGCCUCGCCGGCUGUGUGGGAUGCCUUGGGGCUCGACCAGAACAUUGGGAUGGUGGACAUCACCUGGUCCGAGGAGUGAACAUCAGCUACAGUUGAUGGUUAUGUUUGCUUUGUUGGUGAGACGUGUUGUGUAUAAGGAGGUAAACAUAUUUGUAGUCCAUAUUUCAGA